AUGCAAUUGCACAGCCUGCUGAAGGUUACAGGUGAAGUGGGCACAACAAAGCUUAGCAGACCCUUCCCUGGGGCACCGCGGAGGCGCAAGUGGAAGCAGCAACCGCAGAGGCAGCGGAAGCAGCUCUGGCUCCCAGGCAGUGGUGGCAGUGAGGGAGAGGGUGAGGGCCGCAAUUUCGUGAGCCUACCUGGGCUUCAGAAGAAUGUUCUAGCUGGACCGUCAAAGAUCUAUGCCAACACGAGUCCGAAUAAAUGCUCGGGAAUGCGUUCUGUGCUUCAGGAAGACAAGGCAGUUGCAAAGCACAGUAUCAAAUGCCUGGAAAUACCCUUGGCUGAAAUCUACCGGAAGCAGGAGAAGAAAAGAAAAUGUGGGAAUACGAUCCGAAGUACUGUGAAAACCAAAGAGCCGAAAAUCAAAAAUGCCAAGAGAGGCCCCCUGGCAUGUUUUCCAAACCGAAAAUCCAAAGCAGCAAAACCUCCAAAAAUUCCAUUCUCAUCUUGUUAUUCCACCAAGGCAGUGGUUGCCAAACAGGCCCUGAAAGAGUUCCUCCAGAGUAAGCAGGACUCUAGGGAAAUGUGUCAAAAGAAAAGGCAGCAGGAUAGGAAACGUAAACGUUUCUACCAGGUACGAAGGAGUUCAAGGAAGAGCAAAACUGAGCUGCAGUCUGAAAAAAGGAAAAAGAUUGAUGAGUUAAUUGAGAGCGGGAAGGAAGAAGGCAUGAAGAUUGAUCUCAUUGAUGGCAAGGGCAGGGGUGUGAUUGCCACCAAGCGAUUCUCCCGAGGAGAUUUCGUGGUAGAAUACCAUGGGGACCUCAUUGAGAUCAUUGAUGCCAAGAAGCGGGAGGCUCUGUAUGAACAAGACCCCUCCACGGGUUGCUACAUGUACUAUUUUCAAUAUCUGAGCAAAACCUACUGCGUGGAUGCUACUCAAGAAACAAGCCGCUUUGGGAGACUGAUCAAUCACAGUAAAUGUGGGAAUUGCCAAACCAAACUGCAUGACAUCAAUGGCGUGCCUCAUCUUAUCCUCAUUGCCUCCCGAGACAUUGCAGCUGGGGAGGAGCUCCUGUAUGAUUAUGGUGACCGAAGCAAAGCUUCCAUUGAAGCCUACCCUUGGCUGAAGCAUUAA